AUGUUCAAAUGGCUGACUGCCGACCGUGACAAGGGCACGCGGGCCUUUGCAUCUGUGGCGGAAGGGCUUCAAUCCUUAUACAAGGAGAAGCUGCUUCCCAUUGAAAAGGACUUCAGCUUUCCCCACUUUUUCUCUCCCGAACUGACGGAUGCGGAUUUUUCGGCUCGGCCUAUGGUGAUGCUAACAGGCCAGUACUCCACUGGCAAAAGCACCUUCAUUCGACACCUGUUGGGCCGAGAUUAUCCGGGCCUUCGAAUUGGGCCAGAACCCACCACCGACAAGUUCGUGGCGGUAUGCAAGGGAGACAUGGAUCAAGUGGUACCGGGAAACGCCUUGGUGGUUGACAAGGCCAUGCCUUUUACGCAGCUGAGUCACUUUGGGAAUGCCUUCCUCACUCGUUUCGAGUGUUCCAAAUUGGAUAGCCCCGUGCUCAACGGCAUGUCGCUCAUCGACACCCCGGGCGUGUUGUCGGGGGAGAAGCAGCGGAUCAAACGAGGCUACGAGUUCGAGGAGGUGGUGAAAUGGUUCGCGGACCGCGUGGACAUGAUCCUGGUGCUCUUCGACGUCUCGAAGCUGGACAUUUCCGAUGAAUUCAGGCGAGUGCUUCUUGCCUUAAAGGGCAAUGAUCAGAAGAUCCACAUCAUCUUGAACAAGGCCGAUCGGGUGACCACGCCCCAGUUGAUGCGCGUCUAUGGAGCCCUGAUGUGGUCCCUGGGAAAGGUGAUCGAUACCCCAGAGGUGUCGCGCGUUUACAUUGGCACUUUUUGGGACGAGCCCCUUCAGAACGACGAGCAACGAAAGCUCUUUGAAUCUGAAGAAAAUGACCUUUACACCGCCUUAGCACAGAUGCCCCGAAGUGCGGCCACUCGAAAGCUGAACGAUUUGAUCAAAAGAGCCAGGCUCGCGCGGGUUUUGGCCUUCCUCCUGAACCACUUGAGGAAUAAGAUGCCUUCAUUCAUGGGCAAAAGCAAGGAGCAGAAGAGGCUCAUCGACAACUUGGCGGCCGUGUACCAGGAAAUUGCCAAGGAGAAGGGGCUGGCCAUGGGAGACUUCCCAGAUCCCUCCUUGAUGCGGGAGAAGUUGGAGAAGAUGGACUUCACCAAGUUCCCCAAGUUGGACAAAAAGAAGAUGGACGCCUUGGAACGCAUGAUCCACGAGGAGUUGCCCCAGCUGCUGAAGCUCACCACCGAGGAGGCUGCCUCUGCAGAGGCCGCCUCCAUGGCGCAGCUGGGCACGGGGGCCUCGCCCUUCGCGGUGAUGAAGGUGGACGGCAAGAGCGAACGCACCGUGUACCAGGACCAGUGGCUGGUGUUUCCGAACUUGGAGGACUACACCAAAGAGUUCGAAGACAUCGGCCCCAAUGCUGCCAGAAAAAUCAGUGGAUCUCAGGCCAAAUCGGUUCUGGAGCAGAGCAAGUUGCCCUCCAAGGUGCUGCACGCCAUUUGGAACUUGUCGGAUGUGGACAAAGAUGGCGCCUUAACAUUGGCAGAGUUUGCUCUGGCCAAGCACUUCAUCAAGAUGAAGUUAGAGGGCCAAGAUCUUCCACCAACUUUGCCCGCGCAAAUGAUUCCCCCACCUGACGAUAGGGCAUGA